GGAGAAGCUGCUCUGAACUGGAGGCUAUCCUCACUUUGUGGGACAAUGAGAGUUGUGUGUGUCGCUUUUGUUUUGGUGGUGUGUGUGUGCAGGGAAGCUCUGAGUGUGCAGGUCAAGGUUGGAGACAGGAGCUUCCCUUUGGAAGCUGUGAAGCAGCUGAAGGAGCUAAUGGAGUCAGAGGACAACAUGAGUCCUCACCUUGCAGAGACCACGGCGGUCUGUGCACACCCUCUCCUGCCCCAGGUGUUCCGUCCGGUGUGCCAAGGGAAAGGGGCCGGGAUUAUCUUCCCCAGACUGGUGUACAUCCUUUUGUCAUCAGAUGCUUGUGAAAUAUGUGCCAACCCCUCCUGCUAUGGGUGUCUGAACUGAAGCUGCCACACAAUCAC